UUAUUUAUUUUCAGAAAUCAACCUUUCUUUGUUGAAUUUACAUAUUUUAAUAUCUUAUAAUUAUUCAUACGACAAAUAUCACAAUGAGUGAAAUGAAGAGAGAAAAUAGUGGUAGCAUGAAAAGUGUUGUGAAGGAAUGGUUCAAUUCUUCACAAGCUUUUUUUAGCAUGUUUUUGGUGCAAAUUUUUGCGACUGGGAUGCAAAUUUUAUCAAGAAUCGUUUUGGUUCAAGGCACUUACACUUUUGCACUCAUUGCAUAUCGUUAUAUUGCUGCUGCAAUUUGUGUUGCUCCCUUUGCACUCUAUUUUGAAAGAGGAAGGCCAAAGAAGUUCAAUUGGAGAGUUUGGUUAUGGCUUUUCGCCAACGCAUUAGUUGGGAUGACCAUGGCUCCAGGACUAUUCUAUUAUGGUCUUCGAGACACAUCUGCCACUUACGCGGUUAACUUGCUCAACAUGGUUCCUAUUUUCACAUUUUUUAUCUCUAUCAUAUUCAGAAUGGAGAAUUUGAAGAUUGGAACAUGGGUUGGUAAAGUGAAAUGUAUUGGUGCAAUAUUAUGUGUUGGUGGGGCAUUAACUACAAGUUUAUACAAAGGGAAGGCAUUUUAUAUUGGUCAUCAUAGUCUUCAAGAUGCUCAGAUGGUUAGUGCUGUUGCAGCACAUCAAACUCAUAAGCUUCGUGGCACUCUCUUUUUGGUUGGAAGCUGUUGCUCAUACACUGCUUGGUUUGUUAUUCAAGUAAAGUUGAUGAAAGUUUUUCCAUUGAGGUAUUGGGGAACAAUGUUAUCAUGUGUUUUGUCAGCAAUUCAGUCAGCAAUAAUAGGCGUAUGCAUAAAUUCUAGUGAAGCUGCUUGGAGAUUAGAGUGGAAUCUACAACUCUUUACUAUAGUGUACUCGGGAGCAAUGGGCAAUGCAGCUACAUUUUGUUUAAUAUCAUGGGCAAUAUCAAUUAAGGGUCCUACUUACCCUCCAAUGUUUAAUCCACUAUCUCUUGUUUUUGUGGCAAUAUCAGAAACUAUCUUUCUUGGCGAACCACUAACAAUGGGAACGUUGUUCGGAACGGUUUUGAUUAUAGUGGGAUUGUACUCCUAUUUGUGGGGUAAAACAAAUGACGGGUCAAGUUUACCUGAAACAAAUGUAGCAGUUUUUGAAUUAUCAACGAACAUGAUUGAAGACCCUUCUAUAGUUCAAUCAACAGCUGUAGUAGUACCAAGUUCUUCUAUAGUUGAAUCAACAGCUGUAGUAGUACCAAGUUCUUCAAAUUGAGUAAGCCGAAAGUAAGAAAGAAAAAAAAGACAAAAAAAGAAAAUUCCUAUUACCCGUGACAUUGCUUCUUUAAGUCAUAGAAGCCAACAACACAUUUUUCCAUUAUUUUUCUUUACUUACAUGGUUUUUUUCAUAUUGUGAACCUUUUUAUGGAAAACCAUUUUAAAUAAUGAUGCUUUCCUUAUUUAUAAUGCA